UUCAGAGCCCAAUGGCUCUGGUUCAUACUCCGGGUUUCUCGGCGACAACUGUAGCCAGUAGGACGUAGGCACCCGUCAAAUUCACCAGGUGUCGGGGAUCCCCCAGGCUCAGAAUGGGAGAGUCAGGACUCAGAAGCUAGAAGCUCUCGAGUCUUCACCCCUUCUUCACAAGGAGGAUUCAGGGCAAACUCAGCGGCUAAAAGAUGGAGGAAGAUUGAGAAGGAAGAAGGACGGUCUAGGUUUCUUCUGCUAGGUGCUCUCCUGUACUAGAAGCUGGGAUCAGCUCUUGAGUAGUAGCUUAAUUGGCCAAAUUGGGGAGGAUCCACUAGCUGCGCUUUGUGGCAUUGACGUGGCGCCAACAUCGUCAACGCCAAUCUCUUUCCUUAAUCAACUGGAUCUGGCUCGCAGUUUGUCAUGAAGCGCAAUCGCGGCAGGUGGAUCAGAGGCCAGUGAAAAUGAUCAAAGCGGUCCUAAUUAUCAACAAUGUUGGGAAGCCGCGCCUGACAAAGUUCUAUGAGCCAGUAGUUCCUGAGAAGCAGCGUGAACUCAUUCGCACAACCUACUCGAUCCUUUCAAAGAGGGCGGAUAAUCUGUGCAGCUUUGUUGAAGAUGAGAGCGCUUUUGGCAAGGGAACGAAGGUGGUGUACCGUCACUAUGCCACACUCUACUUUGUGUUCAUUGUUGACAACACGGAGAGCGAGCUAGGCAUCUUGGACCUCAUCCAAGUAUUCGUGGAGACACUCGACCGCGUGUUCCAGCACGUGUGCGAAUUAGAUCUGGUGCACAAUUUCCCGCGCGCUAAUGCCGUGCUGGACGAGAUCGUGAUGGGCGGCCAGGUGCUCGAGACCAACAGCGCCGAUGUGGUCAAGGCACUCAGCGACAUGCAAAAGUUGGAUAGGCAGCCGAGUGUGACCACCAUCCGAGCACCCGGUGCUUUGCGAAGUUAAGUGAGUUCCAGAAACGUACCAAGUUCAGAGAUUGGUAAUUUCAGCCCUGCUCAUCAAGUGCAGCUAGCAGCCCGCAAGACCAUGUUUGACGCAAUAAUGGUCAAGCCGGGGUUUACAACGAUGCAUCGAUGCAACGACGAUCGAUGCCAUGGCCAGUCCAAAAAAAUUGAACAUGUUCAUACCUGACAAUUGCUUGACGACACUUUAUCACCGGUACCGUCAUGAAUAGAAAUUGCCCGGCAAUAUAGAAUCGACCAUCGGUGUGAUUUCAAGGUUUUCUGCAGCAGCUAGGAUCGCUGGGUUAUAGUCGGUCAUGAAGAGCUUCUUGUUUGCAAAGGACAUAUACAUAUGCGUAAUAUAUCGGAUCG